AGGCACUUCUGCUGAAUGAGUUUCUCUCACACUCACACACACAGUCAGUCAGUCAGAAGAGAAGAGUCUAUUUGGAGUAAAGCAGCACUUCAGCCGCUUCAGUUUGCCGGGCAGGAUGGAAAACACGUGUGAGGUGUGGCAGAGGUGAGAAAACAAAAAGGGCUCACAUUAGAGACGGCUCCGACUGCGGCUGAUGCCUCAAAACACUCUGCCCCUUGACCCUGCGAUGCCCACCGAGCUCCUGAAAGACACCAUGACCAUCCCUGGAGCUCCCGAGCGAAUCCUGGCUGAGAAAACCAACAACAACGAGCCUCAAGCCCAAGCCCCGGCCGUCAUCAUUCCUCUGGUGAACGAGGUGCAGCUAACGGCGGCCACCGGCGGCGCGGAGCUGUCCUGCUACCGCUGCACUGUCCCAUUCGGCGUGGUGGUCCUGAUCGCCGGCAUCGUUGUGACCGUGGUCGCGUACACCUUUAAUUCACAUGGAUCCACCAUAUCGUACUUCGGACUGGUGCUGCUGUCGGCUGGGCUGGUUCUGCUGGCGUUGAGUGCGGUAUGCUGGAAGGUGCGGAUGGAGAGAAAGAAAGAGAGAAGACGAGAGAGUCAGACCGCACUGAUGGCACACCAGAGGAGCAUCUUUGCCUGAUUCUGCACCAGCACUAACCCCAAAUAAAACUUACCAUGGAUAAGGGAUUACAUUUGAGGCAGUGUGCAGAUUUUUUUUGCAACUGGUCAGACAAAGCAAGUGCUUUCGGAGAAAACCGAAUGACGGUAUUUGACCAAUUUGCGUUUGGAGCUGAUAGUGGAGACGGGCUUGCAGCUGCAUGAGUCCAGAUGUGGAGAACAGCUGCACUGCAACAAAGAAUAAGCGCUUGUUGUUUCUGUUCUGUUUUUCAUUACACACAUCUAAAGAUUCUUAAAUUUGGGUACAUUUAUUUGGGAAAUAAAAGUGCUCAAGAGAGUAAAGGGAUGGUUUCACACAAAACACCGAAAAAUCUAUCAUCAUUUGGACUUGUUUGAGUUUGUUUUUCUUUUGUUGAACACAAAAGAAUGGCACUGACCUCCAGUGUAUUUGUUUAUCCUACUAUGGAAGUCAAUGUUACUGGUUUUUCUAGCUUUUUUCAGAUUAUCCUCUUUAAAAGUCAAACUAAAUCCUGUCCUAAACUUAAACUCAUAAAAGAACACCUUGAAGAGAAUUUAUUUUUGUUCAUUUUUGGGUGAAAUAUGCCUUUGAAUCUAUAUUUUGAAACAAUAAAAUGCUUUAAUAAUCCAUGAGUGAACUCAGACAAGUCAGAAAAGAAAAUAUCUAGUAAUGAGGUCAGAAAAUAAUCUAAACAUAUUUUAAAACAACACGUGGUUGUCUUUAACACAAGAAAGAAAUACAUUUAUACAAUUAUUUCUAAAAGAAAAUCAAAGCAGUCUGAAAAAAAUUUGAUUUUAAAAUAAAAAUAUGUGUUAAUAGAGAAAGAAAAUAUAUAAAAUGUUUGCAAUUAAGAGAGAUCAUGCAUAAACAAACGCAAAAAUCAUCUGUCAAUGAUGCUAGAAAAAAUAUACAGAAUAUAUUUAAAUUUAUAUGAUUUAAAAUAAUUAAAUUAAAUAAUUUAAUAAAAUUACUUCAAAAUGAGUUGAUUUCAAAUUAAUAUGGAUUUAUAAAUAUUAAGGAAAUUAAUGCUUAAAUAAAAACAAUGAUCUCUAUUUUAGCACCAAGUCUGAAGCGCAUGGCACAAAAGCAUCAUACACCCAGUGCAAUAAGGCGCAAGACGUGUUUGCCCUGACCUGUUGCUAUUUUCAGACCAACGCAACCUUAAUUUUCCCGUCACGUUGUUUGAAUAGCAAAUCCAUUUGCACCACUUUGUUGACUCAUAGGUGUUUCAGUCUGAAAUAGAGGUGUGUUAAAGCGCAAUGUUGGUGCGUUGAUAGUUUAUAACUCGCUUGUAAAACUUCUGUGCCUCGCUUACACGUUGCUUAAUACACACAGGAUGUACAUCAAUACACAAAUAACUU